GUGCGCGUGCGCGCGGCAGGUCGGCGCCGGGCGGGGGCGGAGCGGCCGUCGCAGGUCCACGCCGUAAACAGACAACAUGGCGGCCGCGGUGGCGGCUGCACCUGGGGCCUUGGGAUCCCUGCAUGCUGGCGGCGCCCGCCUGGUGGCCGCUUGCAGUGCGUGGCUCUGCCCGGGGUUGAGGCUGCCCGGCUCGUUGGCAGGCCGGCGAGUGGGCCCGGCGAUCUGGGCCCAGGGCUGGGUACCUGCGGCCGGGGGUCCCGCCCCGAAAAGGGGCUACAGCUCUGAGGUGAAGACGGAGGACGAGCUGCGGGUGCGGCACCUGGAGGAGGAGAACCGAGGAAUUGUGGUGCUUGGAAUAAACAGAGCUUAUGGCAAAAAUUCACUCAGUAAAAAUCUUAUAAAAAUGCUAUCAAAAGCUGUGGAUGCUUUGAAAUCUGAUAAGAAAGUACGGACCAUAAUAAUCAGGAGUGAAGUCCCAGGGAUAUUCUGUGCUGGUGCUGACCUUAAGGAAAGAGCCAAAAUGAGUUCCAGUGAAGUUGGUCCUUUUGUCUCCAAAAUAAGAGCAGUGAUUAACGAUAUUGCUAAUCUUCCAGUACCAACAAUUGCAGCAAUAGAUGGACUCGCUUUAGGUGGUGGUCUUGAACUGGCUUUAGCCUGUGAUAUACGAGUAGCAGCUUCCUCUGCAAAAAUGGGCCUGGUUGAAACAAAAUUGGCGAUUAUUCCUGGUGGAGGGGGGACACAGCGAUUGCCACGCGCCAUUGGAAUGUCCCUGGCCAAGGAGCUCAUAUUCUCUGCGCGAGUCCUCGAUGGCCAAGAAGCCAAAGCAGUGGGCUUAAUCAGUCACGUUCUGGAACAGAACCAGGAGGGAGACGCAGCCUACAGAAAGGCCUUGGACCUGGCGAGAGAGUUUUUACCUCAGAGCCCGCUCCUGGCCUCCUGACAUGGAUGUUCAGCUCUCUACUUCAGAGCUCCCUAUAGGCAGCUUAUUAGCCCCUUAGGGCCUGACUUGCUCUCUCUCCCAUGAUGCUUCUGUGGCCACCAUGCAGCAAAUGCCGCCACCGUCCACACGCCGCCCCGCCUGAGAACGUGAGCACUGUCCUCUCCUCUGCUCCCUCCUUCCACUGCCAGUGUGUCGAGCCGCAUCCCAUUGUGUGGUUACCCAGCCGUCAUCACAGUCCCUGUGCAUGUGCCUUUGUCACCUUUCAUUGGAAGGACACUCCUUCAGAAUGUUGAUUGUUAAAAUUAAUUUUCCUCCAGGUCAAACAAAUAAGAAGAUGUUGAUGUAUAAGAAGAUGUUGAGUUACUUCAGAAAAUAUGUGACUGCAAAAUUACAUGCACGAGUCACCAAAUGAAGUUUGAGUGGAAUCACCUUUAUUUUUAUGUUUGUUACUUUGUUGCCAAAUGAUUAGUCCUCCAGAUAACUGAAAGCUUUUGUAAAAUCAGUAUUUCUAGGUGAUAUCUGUAUUAUAUAUUACUUCCAUUUAUCUGAGAAAAAAAGGCUUGUAAAGAAGAAAAGGCACUGGAAAUGUUUUAAGGGGGAAACAAAUUAAAUCAAGCACUAUCUCUAAUAGCAUUUUGAAUUUUCCUGUUUUUCUCAUGGCUUUCUAAACUUUACUUCCGAAAGUGUGGUCUGUGGACCAGCAGCCUGGGCAUCUCCUGGCAGCUUGUUAGACGUGCAGAAUCUCAGGCCCAUCUCAGACCCACUGAGUCCACAUCUGCAUUUUAACAAGGAGGAUGGGGAUUUGUGUGCAUCUAGGAGUUUGACAAGCACCUUUUCUUGGUCAGUUGACAAUGAAAAUGGAAAAAUUAGAGGAGCACACCAUCUAAUAAAAUGGAUUGAUUAUCAUGAAAAAAA